CUACCCGUACAUGUGAUCGGGUCGUUAGAGUUCGUCAAUGGAGGCCAUGGCAUCAAAAACCCAUUGACUACCAAUGCUGGCCAUCACACCAAAGGUUCGCCAGUCCCCGACAAUGAGCCCGAAGAUCCGCUCAAAUGCCAGGUUUGCGGCAAACGAUUCACUUUAGCGCGACUUCUGAACCGACAUUUGAAAUGCCAUUCAGACGUCAAACGCUAUUUGUGCACAUUUUGUGGCAAAGGCUUCAACGAUACGUUUGAUUUGAAACGACACACCCGAACCCAUACCGGAGUGCGUCCCUAUCGGUGCAACUUCUGUGAUAAAUCAUUUACACAGAGAUGUUCUCUGGAAUCGCAUACACUUAAAGUGCACGGAAUUGCACACGAAUAUGGAUAUAAGGAGAGGAGGAAUAAGGUCUAUGUCUGCGAAGAAUGUGGCAAUACAACAAACCAACCCGAGACACAUUACAUGCAUCUGAAAUGUCAUCACCCGUACAGUCCAGCGUUGGCUAAAUUUUACGACAAACGGCACUUCAAAUUCAAUGACAACGAAUUCCCAUUCAAAGAAUAA